UCUCGGUUCCCUCGAUUUUAUGUUUUUGUGCAAGAGCAACUGGAGCAGGGCAGGGAGGCGAAUCUGCUUUUGGAACUCUCGUAGCAUGGCGAGGACCGUGAUUCAUGCUGCUGCGCUUGCGUUGUGCAGCCUCGUGCUGUGGACUUGCGACGUCUCUGCAGCGGAGGGAGUCGGAAGACGCCGCUACGAGCUAUUCAAGCGCAGCCCUCCGCGCUGGGAUCGCUCCGGCGCCUUUGACUCCGGCGCAUUGUACCCAGACUCCCUCCUCUACUCGUACGGCGUGGGUCUCACCACUGUCGAUUGCGGCAACGCCUCCAUGACGGUGACCGUGUCAAGGAUUCUCCCACCCUUCUCUGCUAGCACGCUACACGACAAGCGACCCAUGUCGUGGUACCUGGACAUCGACAACGGCACGGCGCAGUGGAGCGUGCCCGUGGCGUAUGCGAGCCAGGCCGGCUACGUGUUCGACUCCCAGGAGCUGACCCUGACGGUGACGGCGCUGUACAAUGCAAGCGGGGUGUUCUACUCCCAGUUGGACGACACUUCCCUCUACUUCCUGGACCUGCAACUGCGCUACGGCCCCAGCAACACCGUCGUCUCCUUGCUCACCCCCAUGCUGUGUCUGGUGCCAAGCUACCUGCAGUGCAACGACACGAGCCUGGUGGUGACGGUGCCGCCGCUGCCCGGCCCCCUGGAUGCGGUGAAGGUGGGCACCACCCCUGUGUACCCGGGCCCGUCCUCCGUGCCGGGGGUCGAGGUGCGGCUGGAGAACAGCGGCGGCCUCUGGGGGUUCGUGCUCUCGCUGCGUCGCACGUCGCCGCUCGUCGGCGUGGAGCUGUGCCCCAUGGGCCAGUGGAGCGGGGUGCGUCACUUCGCCAACAUGUCCCUGACGUUCACGCACUCCUCUCGGUCCCUCGCCUUCCCGCUGCGGCUGCCCUGUCCGUGCGUCGCGCUGCAGGACGACGUCGGCGCCGUCUGCAACGGCAGCGUCUUGCUCGCCAUAUUCGGGCCCCUGUACGGCCCCCCGCCGACCAUCGCGGUGCUGACCGUCGGGACCGUGUCCCUGCUGGCCGGCACCACCCUGGACCCCGCUCUCUACGGCUACAGCGUGACCCAGAUGUCCAACGGGUCCUCCUACCUCACCAUAACCGCCGACCGCACCGCACCCGGCGUCCUCGUCCAGUCUCAGGAACCCGGCCGCCGCCUCUACUCGGCGCUGUUCCACGCCGUGGUCAUUGACGGCUUGGGAAUCCGUCACGACUACACCGUGGAGACAUCCUGCCACAUGCCCUACACGCCAUCCGGCGUGGUGUCGUGCGGGCCGUCGUGGUUCGCCGUCACGCUGCAGCUCGCCGAGGUGCGAGACUUCACGCUGUUCGUGUCGGAAGUUCGCGUGUCGGACCUGCUCGACCAGGGCUACAGCCUGACCAACUCCACCUCGGAGCUGCGCCUGCAGGUGGACUUCACGGCGCUCUACGUGGUGGUCAAGACUCUGCCAGACGGCUCGACGGAGAGGUCGCUACUGCUCACGCUGAGCAACUCCCUUGGAGCCGUGGAGGAGUACACCCUGGUGUGCACCACCAACACCGCAGAGUGCUCUACGGACGGGCAGAUGACGUUCGAGGUCUACGCGAGCAGCACGCGGCCCCCGCUGGAGCUGGCCACCGUGCACGUGCGUGACCCCUCCUGCCUGCCCGUCGUGGUGACCGCAGAGAAGGCCGUGUUCGUCGUCCCCCUGGACGCGUGCGGCACCACUCAGCAGAUGGUGGACGGCAAGCUGGUGUACGAGAACGAGGCCGUGUCUCUGAUGCGCGACUCCAUCCACGUGAUCAUCUCCCGCAGCAGCGAGUACAGAAUGAAGAUCACCUGCGAGUUCUCCGGGGACGACUUGCUGAUGCUGGGCGUGACCGUUCCCACGCUGUCUCCACCCAGCCCUGCGAACGGCACCGGGCCCCUGGUUAUCGAGCUCACCAUGUUCCCUGAUGUUGACUACGUCGCACCCUAUGUCGCCGCCGACUACCCGCUUGUGCGCUUCCUCAGGGAGCCGCUGUUCGUCCAGGUGCAGCUCCUGGCGCACCCCGACCCCGUGCUGGAGCUGCGUCUCGCCGACUGCUGGGCCACGUCUCAACCCGACCCCAACUCCCUGCCCCAGUGGGACCUCCUCGUGUCCGGGUGCCCGUUCUCCGGCGACAACUACCUGAGCACCAUCCACACCGUGAGCCCCGCCUCUGUGCCACUGCACCUGAGGUUCAAGCGCUUCGAGGUGAAGACGUUCGUGUUCGCUGACCCAGCGCCACUCGGAGCCCUUCGCGAUACGCUCUACUUCCACUGCAGUGCCACGGUGUGCGACUCCAACUCGGCCGAUUUGCCGCAGUGCGGACCUAGCAGCUGCUCCCCGUCGACGCGACGUGCCCGCAGAGACAUCGACCAGGCUGUUGAAAACGGAAUGACCCACGUUGUCAGCCUGGCUGGACCGAUCGUUUUCACCACCGAUGCCUCUAAAUCGCGUCCAUCAGUCUCUGCAGGUGGCGUGUGGGUCCCGGGGCUCUUGGCUGCCGCCUGCUCCGUCCUCGCCGUCUCUAUCGCCGUCGCGUUGGUGGCCAAGCUGCUGUGCCGUGGCCACCAGGGCACGUGGAGGGAGGCCAUGUGCGGCUGAACACGAUGAUCGUAGGCACCGCUGUGCGGUGUCUGCUGCUAUGCUUGGCAAAAAAAAUCCCUUGUGCGUUGCAUGUUAAAUAAAUUCUGAGUGACAACAA